AUGGGGCUGCUGCUCCUGCUGCUGCUGCUGCUGCUGCUGCUCCCAGACUCAGGCUUGGCUGCCAGCUCCGAGCUGGCCUUCGUGCAGGAGCCGGGGGAUGUGGUGGCCGUCUGGGAGCACCCGCUGGUGCUGCCCUGCCAGGUGGAGGGUGAGCCGCCAGUGUCCAUCUCCUGGCAGCGGGAUGGGCUGGCUCUAACCAAUGACAGCAGCAGGGCCACCCUGAUGCCCGACGGCUCCCUGCAUCUGUCGGCCCUGCCUUCCCGCCGGAGCCUCUUGUUCCACACCCACGAGUACCACUGCGUGGCCCAGAAUCGCUACGGGCGGCUGAUGAGCCGACGGGCCCGGGUCCAGCUGGCAAGUCUUUCCCACUUCCACCAGCAUCCGGAGUCUGUUGAGGUGGAGCCCGGGGGAGUCGCUCGCUUCCAGUGCCUGAUCCGGGGGGUGCCUGAGCCCUCCAUUUCCUGGGAGCACAAUGGCACAGCCCUGAAUACUGCCAACCACCGGGUCACUCUGCUGCCUGGCGGCAUUCUCCACAUCACCAGCGUGAGCCCUGCCGACAUGGGCACUUACCGCUGUGUGGCUCGCAACGUGGCCAACACGCGCCACAGCCAGGAAGCCCAGCUGACCCUGACGGGAUCCCCGCGGCUGCUGCAGGAGCCUGAGAUCCUGUCUGGGCCCCAGAACCUGACGCUCACGGUGCACCAGACUGCUGUGCUGGAGUGCAUCGCCACGGGCCACCCGCGGCCGCUGGUCUCCUGGAGCCGCCUAGAUGGCCGCUCCAUUGGCGUGGAGGGCAUCCAAGUCCUGGGCGCUGGGAGCCUUAUGAUCUCUGACGUGUCGGUGCAGCACUCGGGUGUCUACGUCUGCGCUGCCAACCGGCCGGGGACCCGAGUGCGGCGCACAGCCCAGGGCAUCCUGCUGGUGCAAGCUCCCCCCGAGUUUGUCCAGUGGCCACAGUCCCUGUCCAAGCCUCCGGGCAGCAGUGCCAUCUUCACCUGCGUGGCCCAGGGUGUCCCAGAGCCCCGCCUGGUCUGGUUGAAGAAUGGGAAGGUGCUGAGUCCUGGCCAGAACAUUCGGCUGACUCACAACAACAGCACCCUGAUGCUGACGGGGGUCUCAGCUGAGGACGAGGCCAUCUAUCAGUGUGUGGCAGAGAACAGUGCCGGCUCCAACCAGGCCAGUGCCCGCCUGGCCGUGACCAGGCACCUGGAGCCACCCCCCGCCCCCAGGGGCCUGCGUGCCUUGGCUCUCUCCACCUCUGCCAUUCAUGUGUCCUGGGAACCACCCCCUGCCAACAGGGACGUCGUGGGCUACGUGCUGCACCUGCGGCCUGCCGGAGAGCCAGGCGGCCAGGAGCUCCAAGAGGCCGUGGGCAAAGGCACCUUUGAGCAUGUCUUCUCUGACCUGGAGCCUGCCACUGCCUACUCCAUCCACUUGCGGGCCUACUCAGCGGAAGGUGCCAGCCGGGACUCUGCAUCCAUCCACGCCUCCACCAUGGGCAGCACCCCUGCAGCUCUGGGCUUCUCCACCAAAGUGCUCAAUGCUACCUCUGUGCAGGCAUCUUGGGAGCUGCCACCCCAGCUGGGCCCCAUCCAGGGCUUCAAACUCUUUCAUCGCAAGCUGCCUGCUGCCCAUUUUGAAGGACCCCUGCUCCUGGCUAGCAAUGUCAGCUCCUUCCUCUACACAGACCUGGAGCCAGCUGCCCUCUAUGAGAUCAAGCUCCAGGCAUUCAAUGGCAAUGGGGAUGGCAGCAGCAGUGCCCGCUUCGUCUCUUUGCGUGACAUGCCCCUGGUCACCCCAGAGUCAAAGGCUGGGUGCCCUUGCAGCCAGGAUGAGAGCAGCCCGCUACCUGGGGUGGUGGUGGGCAUCCACGUGGGCCUGGCUGUUCUCAUCGUUUGCCUCCUCUGUCUCCUCCUGGGCUGGAGACAUAGACAGGGGGCUCAAAUGUGCUGGGCAGUGCCUCAGACUGACUCAGACGGAAUUGUGGGCUGCCAAGGCCAGAGUCCCAGUAGAAGGAAGCCAGGGGAGAAGAUUGAGCUCAUCACCCAGGUGACCAUGGAACAGCCGCCCUCAGCCUAG